UAAGAUUUAUUAAUCAUUCAAUGAUAAAUUGAUUCCUUUCAUUCUUGCUAUGCUUCCUGUAAUUAAGGUGUAAUUACUAUGAUUCAAUGGACAUGGGUGGGGAAAUAUUUGUGUGACGACCUAAAAUGGGGGCAGAAGCUCACCAGCACCCCAUCUUAUAUGUCCAACCACCCUGAACGUCAGACUCUAUUGAAACACAUAGUGGUGUAAAGUACUAAAGUAAAAAUACUUUAAAGUACUACUUAAGUAGUUUUGGGGGGUAUCUGUACUUUACUAUUUAUAGUUUUGACAACUUUUACUUUACUACAUUUCUAAGGAAAAUAAUGUACUUUUUACUCCAUACAUUUUCCCUGACACCCAAAAGGAAUCGUUACAUUUUGAAUGGCUAGCAGGCAGGAACAUUGUCGGUUUGAUGUACUGCCAAAUACUCUAAAAUGAAGUUGGAAGCGACUUAUGGUAGAGAAAUGAACAUUCAAUUCUCUGGCAGCAGCUCUGGUUGACAUUCCUGCAGUCCGCAUACCAAUUGCACAAUCCCUCAGAACUUCAGACGUCUGUGGCAUUGUGUUGUGACAAAUAUAUAUUUUAGUGGCCUUUUGUCCCCAGCAAAAGGUGCACCUGUGUAAUGAUCAUGCUAGUUAAUCAGUUUCUUGAUAUGGUGCACCUUUCAAUGUGGAUAGAUUAUCUUGGCGAUGGAGAAAUGCUCACAUGUUUUAUUUUUUUUGGCGUACAGAACAUUUCCCGGGACCUUUAACUUCAGCUCAUGAAACAUGGGACCAACCUUUUACAUGUUGCGUUUUUUUGUUCAGUAUAGUUUAUUACAAAUAUAGCCGUAUACAGUCCUCCAGAUAUCUGUUGACAAGGACAUACAUCACUGUGUAUUUGUUACACUGUACAUACAAAAAUGGCCAAACAUUUUUUUGUUUGUUGCCAUUUUCCAUUGUUACUAACUUGUACUGGUUAAAAGUAUGAUUAAAGAAGAAGAAAAACGUUUAUUUUUUGCAAACCAUGUUUAGUACUUCUAAAAGAGACAAUGACAAAUUCAUGGUUCAAAAAGAUAUUAUAGUCAUCAAAAGGGCAGAAAUUUAGCAUUGAUAUACUUAUGAUACAGUACUUUACAGCUUUGAUUGGUCACAGAAUAUAUGACAUGAAGGGGUGAUGUAAUUAUCUGAAUUACUGUAGAUUUGAAUAGUUUAGUUAAUCAAAAGUGAAGUAUGGUUAUAGGUCCAAUGGGUGUUGUUCAUAUACCACUCUGACUCAAAAUCAAUAUAUUAGAUACAUACUAUUUAUCAGCAUAUUGACAGAUUAUUGCUGGUUGCAAGUUAUUUUACCCUCUUUGUUUCUUUUGGAACAAUGGCAAUUAAGUUGAUUAAAAUUAAGAAUAGAUAGAUGGGCUACCACUGGUGUCACAGGCAUUGUCACAGGUCUUGACCACCAUGUUGCGAUGCUUCUUUAGGAUCACGUUGUUGUUGUCAGCGUAGAAGAGUACAGAGAUGGGACUGAGCUUGGUGGUUGUGCAGCACGCUUUGGGAACCUCACCUGGCUUCAGAAGGUGAACCUGCCAUUAAACGGGUUGGGAGGAGGACAUGCUGCCUGAGGAGAGGGAGGUUCCUCUGGUAAACCUCUACCUAACCACCAAGAGAGUGGAGGACAUCGCCCUGAGGCUCGUCUCCCUGCGCCAGGCCUUCACUACCCUGCUUGGUUCCACCCUGAGCAGGAACCAUCUGUUUGUGGCGGGAAAGGUCCUCCUGGGCGCACUGGUUCGGGCCAACCACAUGGACGAGGCCAAGUUCAUCCGUACUUAUAACGACUUUGUGGACUACCUGAGUGACCCCUCCAAGCGGAAUGACACUGAGAGGGAGCUGGCUGAGGCAAAGAUCCAUCAUGUGAACAUGAUAGAUGUCCUCUUUGAGCUGGUGCUGUUUGGGAUGAUGACAGCUCAGAAGUCCCUGAUGGUCCACGCCGGUGGGUUUGUGGAGGAUCUGUACGCUCUCCUGUACUCCUUCCUGCCCACUGCUGCCAACAUGGAGCCAGAGGCUGACAGAUACCUGCUGCUGCUCAAUUCGAAGCAAAGAGGAGCACGACUGAAACCUCCGCGCGAUGCUGCAAAGGUCCCGCGAGAGAGGAGUCCGGCUCAACCCGAGAAGAGCACAGUCGGCACUACAGAGGUCAGCUACUUCGGACAUCUUCUCACAGCGACUGGAAUCAAGCCAGAUCCACAGAAGAUCUCAACCAUAAAAGAAAUGGAGCCACCAAAGAACCGUGCAGAGCUGGAAACAGUGCUUGGCAUGGUCAACUACUUAGCCAAGUUCGCACCCAGCCUCUCCAAUGCUAAUGCACCCCUGCAUCAACUGCUAAAGCAGUCCAGUGAGUUUCUCUGGGACAAGCAACACGACAUUGCUUUCCAGAAAUGUGAAAGACUUGAUCACGAGAGAACCAGGAACAAUCCUUGCCUACUACGACCCCGACAAAGAGCUCAGACUCCAAGUAGACGCAUCGAAGUAUGGACUAGGUGCAGUGCUACUGCAAGAAGGAAAGCCCAUCGGCUACACUUCCAAAUCUCUCACAGACUGUGAAAUAAACUACGCUCAAAUUGAAAAGGAGGUCUAUGCCAUUCUGUUCGGAUGUAAACGUUUCCAUCAGUACGUAUAUGGACGACAAGUCAUUGUGGAAUCCGAUAUGUCUUGAACGACGCCCCUCAAACACCAAAGAGCCAAUGUUACCUCACUGUAUCCCAGACCGACCCUGGAAGGUCGUGGCAACCGAUCUGUUCACCUGGAACAACAAGAACUACAUCAUAACAGUUGACUACUACAGCAGAUACUUCGAACUCGACAAGCUUCACAGCACCACAUCUGCAGCUGUGAUACACAAGCUGAAAGCAGCCUUUGCCAGGCAUGGCAUUGUAGAGACUUUAAUAUCUGACAAUGGGCCCUGUUACAAAUCAAAUGAGUUUGAAUCCUUCACAAAAGCAUGGGAGUUUACGCGUCACCACAAGCCCACAUUACCCUCAAAGUAAUGGCCUUGCUGAAAAAUCAGUGCAGAUUGCUAAAUCACUCAUGGAUAAAGCAGACAAGAGAGACCCCUACCUCAGCCUCCUUGAAUACCGCAACACUCCAGAUGACAACUUAAAAUCACCAGCCCAGCUGUUGAUGAGCCGCAGACUUCGCUCAAUCCUUCCCAGCACCAACCAGCAGCUACAACCUGAGGUCGUCAGCUACAAGGAAAUGCAUGAAAAACGUGCACAGAGACAACAACAACAAAAGCGAUACUACGACAGGUCAGCUAGACCACUGCCACCACUGAUCGACGGAGAGUCAGUUUUAAUCCAGGAGCAUGGCCUCUGGAAGCCAGCAGUCGUCAUCCAGCCAGCUGACACUGAACGUUCAUAGCACGUCCUCACCGCAGAAGGAGCAGUGUACCGCCGCAAUCGUCGUCACCUACUGAACACAAAAGAACAACACACUGAUGAGAUGAACUGUUCCCCUGAAAGAGAACGUGAUGGACUAAACACACACAUCACAACAUACACCAUACUUACCUGCAACACCACAAGAGCUGUUGACUGACACAGAAGCAUGCUCAGCAUCAUAUCGCACAAGGUCAGGAAGAGAGGUCAAGCCCAGAGCUGUCCUAGAACUGUGAAAUGUCAAAGGGUGUAGGCGGAUCGCUGCCCUAAAAGAGUUCCACACUGUAAACUUGUUAUUGAAAGUUCACUUGAAAUGCUUUGGUAUUGUAUUUGUUUGAAAUGUUAAGAUGUAUUUCUACUGUGAAAGCUGAGUUGCUGAGAAUCCCUUGUUCGAAAAGUAACAGUAUGUUGGACCAUUGUUUCAGAGUCUAUGUUGAUUCAGUUGGUGUAGUAUAAAAUAUAAAUGGUUACUUACCUUGAGUUCAAACUGCAGAGCAUGUUUUCAAAAGAAACGCUUAGAAUAUGUAAACAUUUUUCUUUUGUUUUAAAAGAAGGGGGAUGUAAUAUUCAUAUGUGUAAACAUACUGAGUAAUAAUUGGAUGCGUUUUACCGCCAUAUCAUACUGUGCUAUGAUUGGUUAAGACCACCCAAAUGGUUAGGUCAUGGUCAGUUUGAUCCUGGUUGGCGAUACGUGAACAUGCCAGUUAUAGCUAGCUAAUAAAGAGCUAUGUUAAGAAACAUCUUGUAGUACUGCAUUUUAUUAUUUUGUACAAAGUGUGCAAAACAAGACAGU